AUGCUUGUGUGUUUCUCCCUUUUUGUUUAUUUCUUUAACAACUUGUUAAAAUAGGUAUAUAUAUAUAUAUACGCUGGAAAAUGUGCUUGGCCCGUCCCUACAUCACAAGCACCAUAUACAUCACCACAUGCAUUCCAUGUUAUGAAGUCGUCAUUUAAUAAUAGCAAAUCAUAUAUAUGUAUUUUUAUUUUACAAGAAUAUAAGCCACUUAUAUUCCACCUCCAUGCUUAUUAUGAUUCAUCCCUACACUUUAAUGCGUUAUGUGAUAUAUUUUUAUCGUAAAAUACCAAUCUAUAUAAUAUACGUCGUAUAUAUAUUUGUGGCUGUCAAAAUUUUGUAUUAAUAUAGAAGAAAGUAGAGGACUAGCAGCUUAUACUAAAAUGUUAUGCUUUCGAAUGAUAUGAUUAAUUCACCGAAUGAUGAAACUGUAGAAAAUGAAAAAAAUUAUAAAAUGGAAUUUUCUGAGUAAAUUGAACGUUUCCCAUUCCAAAAACAUACUGUAUGUACAAACUCGCUCUUUUGUAAGAAUAUACUUUUACAAACUUUUUUAAUUAGAUGUAAACGAAAAAGAAGAAAGAAAACUUUCAUUUUUCGAAAUUACGUCUUAAUUUGAGUUUUUGUUAACUUUAGUUACGUCUUUAAGUUUUUUUUUUGUUUCAAUACGUCUUUGAGUUGAUAACGCAACUCUGCAGUUCCAGUCCAAAUUAUUGAUAAACAGCCUGUUAACACGAUUAUAUAAGCUAGCAACAAUUGGUAUUUUCACACUUGUACAAACUAUAGAAAACCUUACCUGCAUAAAUAAAUAGAUAUAGCACAACAUUGACAAAAGAGAAGAAAUUAAAGGAGUCCCGUGUCUCUUCUUCUUCCUUUCCUUCCGGCCUCGUGAAAACAAAAUUGUUAUCAUCUUUUAUAUAUACACGUACAUUACAUAUAUACACUCAAGUACACAUAAAUAGAAUAUGGUUGUGUGAUUUGUGUUUAUUGAAUUCAAUAAUCCUCAUUAUCUUAUGCCAAAUUCUCAUGCAGAUAUCUCUUAAUCUCUUUUCACCACCUACGAUAAUUAACGAAUGCAUAAGUAACCUACAAUUAAUUUCAUCAAUAAAUGUGUUUACCAAAAGUCCAGAUGUGGUCCAUCAAUUAAUUACUAUAUCCGAGAAAACAUACCAAAUUAACAAUAACAUCAUGAAUGACGUAGAUCAUCAUGUAAUUUGACAAAAGGCCAAAGUCCCACUGGUUCAAUCCGAAACAGCAAUUUUUUCUUCUUUUUCUUCUUCUGUUUUCAUGGCAACCCGAAGCAAAUCAUGGCGCUAGAGAAAAUCUCGUUCGUCAAAAGAUCCUUUCAUCAAUUUCUAUUAUUAACGAGCUACGUCUUACACAUAAAUGCAUAGUCCCUAUUCAAUUCUUAAAAUUAUCGUAGCAAUAGAUCAAAAGCUAGAGAGUGAGAUUUCAUAUCAUAUAUAUUUACCAUGUUGUCAUGCAUUUCCCCAUUGUUCUUAAUUUUUAUGACAGAAAAUAGUUAAAUAACAAUUUUAUGAUAUUAGGGUUUUUGAAAGGAGCAAGCCCACAUUGAAUGCCACGCGGUUUUGUGUGGAGAGUAGAGACUUUUCCUUUUGCCACACAGCUGACUUUGGAGGCUUUACCUCCACUUUUGUAGUUAAUGCUUUACAUAUUUUAUUUAGUUAAUUUAUUAAAUACUCAAUUUUGAGAGAACCAAUGGCCCAAGACCAAGAGGGGUCAGCAAUUUUAUCUUUCUAUUUUUAUAUAUAUAGAAGAAGGCGGACGUAGACUUUUGUCACCAAGCUUAACCAUUAGAUCCUUCCAAAACUAAGAGUGCCAUUAGUGAGCUUAAAGAGUACUGUGAGACUCAUCAACAACUAAAGCUGUCUCAAUUUUCUUUUAUUUUCUUGGCAAAAAGUUGUUAGUGGAAAACUUAAGUGAGGCAAAAAGAGAAAAGGGAGUGUCUAAUUAAGUCAAUUGAUUGAUUGUUUAAGAGAGAGAUCAGGAUAAUGGUUAGACCCCCUUGUUGUGACAAAGGAGGAGUGAAGAAAGGGCCAUGGACUCCUGAAGAAGAUAUAAUUUUAGUUACUUACAUCCAAGAACAUGGUCCUGGUAAUUGGAGAGCUGUUCCCACCAAUACUGGGUUGCUUAGAUGCAGCAAGAGUUGUAGGCUUAGAUGGACAAACUAUUUAAGGCCAGGAAUCAAAAGAGGCAACUUCACAGAACAUGAAGAAAAGAUGAUUGUCCAUCUCCAAGCUCUCUUAGGCAAUAGAUGGGCUGCAAUUGCGUCUUAUCUUCCACAAAGGACAGACAAUGACAUUAAGAACUAUUGGAACACUCACUUGAAGAAGAAACUCAACAAAGCCAAUCAAGUUUCUCAUCAAGAACAUGAUCAAUCAAGAGACCGUUCCUCACUCUCUUCUUCUCCAUCGUCUUCGUCAGCUAAUUCCAACUCAAACAUCGCAAGAGGCCAAUGGGAAAGAAGACUUCAAACCGAUAUUCACUUGGCGAAAAAGGCUCUCUCUGAGGCUUUGUCUCCUGCCGUAGCACCGAUCAAUACAGCAACAACAUCUUCUUCUACUGAAUCAAGACGUUCUACUUCCUCAGCUAGUGGGUUUCUUAGGACGCAAGAAACAUCUACCACUUAUGCCUCAAACACCGAGAACAUAGCGAAAUUGCUCAAAGGGUGGGUGAAGAAAUCGCCAACUCAGAACUCCGCGGAUCAAAUGGUUUCUCCGGAUUCUGAGACAAAAGAAGUGAUCAAGAGUAAUGUCGAGAAGGACUGUGCAUGGGCAUUUCAGUCAUUUUCAGGGUUCGAUCACUUAAAAGAUCGUGACUCAGCUGGUGUUUCACCUGAUCAGGAGACCAAACCAGACAUAACUGGAUACAGUAACCAAAGUCAAUGGUCUUUGUUCGAGAAGUGGCUGUUUGAGGAUUCUGGUGGACAGGUUGGUGAUAUUUUAUUGGAUGAAAACCCUAAUUUCUUCUGAAAAUUUUGGUUAAUCAGAUGGUUUUCGAAUUAAUUAAGUCGCUAAAAUUAUGGUUAGCUGAAUCGUUUAUAAUUUUAUUUAUUUUUAUUCGUUAUAAUGAUGGGUUCUUCUACAACUGGCCUUGUGAAAUCUCAAGGGGCCUGAAAUACGUCCACCCAAUGAUUUUAGUAUUGGUGUAAUAGUUUUCUAAUACUCAAUUUGUUAUUUUGAACUAUUGUUUUUAUGUUAUUUGCAUGUUUUGUUUGUAUUCUAAACAAAUUUAAGAACAAUAACUCUCAAAUAUAAUGUUUAAGAGAUUAA